UCUCAUUUAGCGUCGGCGAGAUCACUCCGCUGUUCGGGACGUUGAGUUGGUGUGUUGACCAAUUUUCUUCGACUUUCAAAAGUUGAUUUAUCCAGUCAUUUAGAAAUAGAAAAUUUGGGAAAUUUUGCAACAGGCAAAUAACUGGACUGAGUUCUACUUAGAAUUCUAGGAGCUAUCAAAAAUCUAUAUUAAAAAUGUCUCACUCUCACGUCACCACCAAGACUGAGCGCGUUGUGGUCACAACCCAGCCAUCGACACAGUCAGCUACCGUCACCAUCCAGGGAGCUCAUGUAGUAGCAACCAGAGAUUGGCACAGCGGUCUCUGUGGAUGCUGCGAUGACUUCGGCGGAGCCAUGUACACGUUCUGCUGCAUCUGCUGCAAGCUUUGUGACAUUGGCAAGCGAACCAAUGAACAUUGCUGUGCCCUGAACUGCACCUCUGGCGUGGGCCUGGUCGCGCUCAGGACGAAACUCAGGACCAUGUAUGGUAUCCAAGGUGGCAUCUGCACGGACACCAUCUUGACGGCCUGCUGCCCACUCUGCAUCGUUUGUCAGAUGGACCGAGAGCUCAAGAGCAUGGGAGUCUAGACGCGCUGAUACUCUCCCACUGCGUCCCUUUGCAACUCUGAAAAUAAUUGGUACGGAAUUCAAACAACUGGGUCUUGGAAUAAACUAGUACAUGUACUUGUACUAGAUGAACAACAUAUUGGUUCAGCAUUAUCUCUUUGCUGAAGGCAUGUGGUCCAGAUUUUUCUUUAAAAAGAAGUGGAGAGAACAGAAAACGGCCGUGGCCUACUGGUCAUAUUGCAAAAUAACGCAUGAAAAAGGGGGUCAUUUGAAAAAGCGUCAACCCCUGUAUAUCCACCGUUAAUAAUAGUUUGGCAUAAUGCAUGAUGUUUAAGCAGUUUUUGAUAGACCCUUGGCAAAUCUGAAUGCGAAGAUUCCAGAGUAUUAUUUUCAAAAAAGUGCUUGAACUUCAAUGGAGAGACUCUUUGGUGUUAUAGGCCUACAUGAGUGUGAUAAGCCUGGUUGUGCAAUGAAUUCGGUACCUUUCAAUUUUCAGAUUUUAAUAGAAAUUAUAUGAAAUAAUGUCGCAUAAAAUUAAAUGUACAUGUAAAAGGUCUUCACAAGCCUAAAAUGUAUAAAAUGAGAAGUGAAUUCGGCUUUCAAAAAGUGUUUUCGAAAAUAAUAAGAGAGCGUUUUGCGUUGGAAUUUGCCUGAUAAGAAGAAAAGCCCAAUUCACCUCUUUGUGCUUCAGUUUGAUGCAGUUCUUUCUGCAGUAUAUAUCAAUUAUCAUACUUUUAACGUGUGUACAAUUUAUGGUCUGCUGUACCGAACCAAUAAAGUGCCUUGGCUUUUGAAUGUUAAAUGGCAACAGUUAUGACUGUAAAUAAAACACAUCCGCUGAACUUGGUAAUUCAGCCACCGAUACUUCAUUGUAACGAAUGUACUUUGGAAACUGUCGACGGCUGGGUUACUGAGGCGAUAAUGUAGCCAUAGAAAAUUACAUAAUUUUAGCGUUUUACAAAAGAGAAAGUGCCAUUAUUGUGCUGUUUUAGUGAAAAACCGCGUUGCGUUUAUACUCUAGUUUAGUAAUGAAUGUGCUAUAGAGCUAUAAGGACGGAUCACCUAUAUAUUGGAGACUAAUUAGGCGAAAUUAUUUACUUUUUCUAUAAAUUUCCACUAAAAAAUUGAGUCUUCCAGCUGUAUGGAUUUGUGCAUAAAGAUGACAUAAUUGCACAAAAGUAGAGAGUAUUAUAUUUUACUGGUGGCAGGAGUCAGUCACAGACUACAUUCCGUCAGCAAAAUGCACCGCGACGCGGACACUAUCGCCGAUCGAUUCCGGAGAGCGGCCGUGUUCGUCUUGCUGACCCCUGCCGAUUACUUGUAUUGUUCUUUCAAAGGUGAAGGGAAUAGCAUCGUAUAAGUUUAUGGAGAAAGGCUAAAGUUAGGGUUGGAGUUCGGUAAGCCACCGUAGGUUGCCCAUUCUCUCCUUGGUGCUUUCGGGUAGAUCGUUUCGCAACAAGGAGAGGGGAUUUCAGCAUGAAAUGGGCCAAGUGUUUUUCAAGGAGAAGAGAUACGCUAUUCGUUCUAAUGAUCUCUCAUCAUUUCAAAGCCAGUAUAUAACAUUGGUCGUGGCGUCAUCGUCAUGAUGUCAUGCAAUGAAAUGACGUCAAUUAUACAAAUAUGUUCGAUGAGGACUCACUGUUCGUCAUCAGUAAUGCCAGUCUACCAUAGCGAACAACUUCCAUCAAGGCAUUGAAACAUUUCAUUUUUACUUUUUACCAAAUUCAUGUAGUUUUUACCAAGCAAAGCAAAGUGUGAUCCAGAAACAAAAACCAGUUUAACUGACUUGGUAACUUCACUUUUUAAAGAUCAUGCAGAACUUUACUUAUUUAAGAGGUGACAGUGCAUAUUGAAAUCGGUUGAAACAACUUUCCUCUUCACAUUAUAUUUUACAAAAAAAGGUUUCUAAAACAAAAAAGGGUUCAAAUAGGCUCUUUUGCUUUUUGCUUGCUUAUAUUGGAAUAUAGUAACUAGUUAUUUUAAGUUAGGUGAUAGCGAGUUAGUCUCCUCCUAUGCAAAUUUGGGACAAGACGAAUUAAUUUGCCAUAUGCUGUGCUUUCUAUAUAAAUAUAUACAUAUAAACGUGUAUUUGAUAUAGCAAUGCAACUAUAAUAUUGCAUUUAUUACCAUACAGACUGUCUUUCAACAGGGCUUAACCAGGUCAACUGGCGAACUUGAAUUGAGGACGAAUCCACAAAUCAAUAUCGCCGCUGCGUUGCAUCAUCAAUGAAUUCAAAAUUACAAGUAUGCUUGCUUUGCGAAAAAAAUAACCAGGAAACAAACCGUAUCAACAAGUACAGGCGAGAAAAGAAGGUAAGAUUUCAGGGUCUCGCCUCCACUAACCAAUAAUACCUCAAUUCAGGGUCCGCUCUUGACCUGUUGAAAUAGCCCUCGGCAACGUGGUGCAAAUACGACCUUGCUGUCCAUACAGCAUUGUGAUUUAAGGGCCUAGAGCAGAAUUUCAUAUUUGUAGGCGACAUACCUGAAAUCAUGAUCAAGAAGUCCGUGCUGUCAUCGAUAUGAAGGUCUACGUGAUUCUGCAAUGAUUUUGUGGAUGCAUGGAUACUUCCGAUUUGGUAAAUGUGCAAACCGAAGUCAUCCGAAUUAUCACUUUACUGACAUUGCGUUGAAGUCCAAGUUAACAAAUGUUUUUGAUCAUGACUAAUGAUGUUGUGUGGCAUUGUGUCAUCAGCCUCAUAUAAGAUACAUACUAGGCCUACGAAUUAGUAUCUACAUGUCAAAGAACGAUUCCAUCUACGAGUUAUCGAUAUAUUUUUGAAAAUCAGGGACAAUGAUUUUAUAAACCAUCGUAACAACAUACCUAUUGCAUUUAACAUCAAUGAUAGACACGUCUUCAUUUAAAAAGCUCCUGUCAACCCUUUCUAUCUCAACUCUGAUUGCGGCAGGUUGUGUCCUGUGAUGUCGUUUUCUGACACACGAUGAAACUAAAGCAUUAAAGGCAUUCAUCCAAGUGCACUGAAGAAUAGCAAGGUUUUCCGACAGCGCAGAAGGGUCAUUCGAAUAAGUUAAAACAAAUAUUUGAAAGAUCAUUCUGGGCUUUCGUAGAUUUUUAGUCGCUUCGAAUAACAACGGAAAAUGCAGGUUCUCGACAAACGUGUCCGUCAUCUUCGGUAAAGACAUGCUCAGGUUUAAGUUUAAGUCGUACAUGCUCCCUAUAAGACACAUAUACAAUAAUCAAAUACAGAACUUUCUGUAAGCCUGCCUUUAUUUUGAAGUUUUGCCCGUAAACAACAGAGGAGCUCCCCUUUUCACAGAUGUAUAGUUUACUUUUCCGUGGUAUAAUGUAAACUGUUCAACUUGACUGAAUAAAGUUGCAUUCGACAUUACACUAA